GCCGUGCAGGUUUGCGAGGGAGGAGACUGGUUGUUCCCGGCAUCCCCUCUAGAUGUACAUACACAUCCCCUCCCCUCAUCCCGCUGUCGCCUCCACCUCCGCCAGCUCCACCUCCUCCUCCUCCUCUUCCUCCUCCUAUCCCUCUCUCGACUUAAUGCCAGUACCGAGCGCGCGCUUUCGAACGACGCGCUUUCGUCGUGUCGGGCCGCUUGAGGGACGAUCAGUCUGUUCUCCACGUUCUCCACGCAAGGACGAUCUCUCGCCGCCGGCGAUCCGGCGAGUCCUCUAAUCUGUGACACGAACUUUGACCGCGCGCUCUCUCCCGCUGCCUUUCCGACCGCCACCGGGAUCAUCUCCUUAUCGGCGUCGAUGACGCGCGCCGCCGAAGCUGGCCGGAUCGCGACCGAACCUCAGUUGCGAUCACGUACCCGACGCGGCCUGUCGUCGCGUUAUGCUCGGACAAUUCGACCCGUGACGGUUCUCCCGUGAUUCGUCGCCGGCCACGUUACCCGGUCACGUCACUUUUCCACGGGAACGUUUCAACCUAGGAUAUUCGUUUCGGUUUAUCGUUUGACGCCGAUACAGACCCCUUAGCCGUAGAUAGUUUUUUAGCUUUUCUUUUGUUGCUUUGUGUCCGAACGACAAGUCUGAUCCGCUAAGGGUUGCUCGGUCGGGGAGAUGAACGGUGUCCUCGGUUUGGGGAUGUGAUCGGUGUUUCUACCCGGUUAGAGGAGAGUUACCUUGUUCUUACCUGGCGCGGUUUCGGGACUGGUAUCAGUGGAGCAGGAGACCAGUAAGUUGAAAGGUGAACCCGGCACGGUGACAGAGAUACGAGUGGCAAAUGCAUCGGUGCAGACGGUAGUACGAGAUCGGUCUUUUAUGGCCUAGGUGACCGCGCGAGGGUGAACGUUCGUUUUGUCGUUUGCGCGAUCGGCGAUACCGAGAUGAGACUGCUGCAGGUGAUCACGGUCCUAUGCCUGGCGAGUCGGCAUGCCGAUUGCCGGGCGGUCGACGCCGAUUCCGCGGAGGAGUCCGUGGGAAGGCACAGGCGCAAGUUCACAGUGGAGGAGCUUCUCACUACGAGCUUCCCGCACGGCAUCAGCGACGAUCUGGACGUGGACAUCUGCAAGGCGGGUGGUUUUCUUGGCGACAUAGCACUGCCAAAUAUUCAGUACGAGACGGAGUGGCGGCAGCAGAAGCUGAACAAAAGUUACUUGGAAGAACUGGAGAAAUAUCGAGAAGAAGUCCUGAAAGAGGGUCUUCAGGUCGAAGAGGAGGGUCUCACAGAGAUUCUUCAAUUUAAACAUGAGCACGACGCUAACGAGACGCACCAGGAGAACGAGGAGAUCGUUGCCUCGCAGGAGAAAUCCGAACCAAUUAUGGUGGACCGGAAUCAAUACAGCAUGGACGGCGAAGUCGCGGGCGGAUUCAGUUUUAACGCGAGGAAUGACGACGCCGGGCCCGGGGUGAGGGACGAGGGCGUUGAAUUCAGGUUGGAAUCGACAACCCCGCCAGCAAAAAAGAGGCACUCCGCUCGGAAGCAGAGUCGUCAGCUACAGCUCGCGGUGAAUGUAAACGGCACAAAGCCAAUGAACACUUUUCUGAAGUCGUCUCGCGAAUCAAACGCUUCACCCAGCACGACCGAGGGCACAGGCCAGAUGGAGAAUAUCGAGGAAGUAUUCACCAUCGGAAAGGAGACCAGCAGGCAGAACACAUCGAAGCGGCGUCAUCGUCGUCAUCAUCGAAGAAGAUUAUCGAGAAGGAGGCAUCGACGUCGCAAGGUCCCGGACAUUAGACCCGACAACGUCAACGACAGUUCGGACGAGGUGGUGUCGUUGCACGACCGUCGGCUCCGUUCGAUCGAGUUCUACGAGGUGGAGCACAAGGCGAAGUACCUGGCGAACAAGCGGGGUACCACGCGGCAAGGUUUCCCGAGCAGGACAAGGAGGGCAGCGACGGCGCGCAAGGAGCGCGUGUGGGACCACGGGGUGAUACCGUACGAGAUCGACGGGAAUUUUUCCGGGGCGCACAAAGCGCUGUUCAAACAGGCGAUGAGACACUGGGAGAACUUCACUUGCGUGAAAUUCGUCGAGAGGGUCCCCGCGGAGCAUCCUAAUUAUAUACUGUUCACGGAGAGGCCGUGCGGAUGCUGCUCGUUCGUCGGGAAGAGAGGAAAUGGGCCGCAGGCUAUAAGUAUUGGAAAAAAUUGCGACAAAUUUGGAAUAGUGGUCCACGAACUGGGUCACGUCGUUGGCUUUUGGCACGAACACACUAGACCCGAUCGAGACCGUCAUGUACAGAUUUUUCGUGACAAUAUCAUGUCCGGUCAAGAAUACAAUUUUAAUAAGCUCACGGAAGAAGAGGUGAAUUCACUUGGUUUACCGUACGAUUACGACUCGAUCAUGCACUAUGCGAAAAAUACAUUUUCGAGGGGCACAUAUUUAGAUACAAUCCUUCCGCUGGAAAGGGACGGAAAGAAGCGUCCUGAGAUUGGUCAAAGGCUUCGGCUUAGCGAAGGAGACAUCGCUCAAACGAAUCUUUUCUACAAAUGUCACAGGUGCGGCAGAACGUUUCAAGAGAACAGCGGAACCUUUGGGUCACCGACUCAUCCGAACAGUUCGCCAGCGAUCGAGGGUGAACGAUGCGAAUGGCGAAUCACGGCGACCCACGGCGAACGGAUCGUAUUGAAUAUCACGUCGCUGGACAUAUUUAAGAGCAACUUCUGUCGCAGCGACUACCUGGAGAUUAGAGACGGAUAUUGGUACAAGAGUAACGUUCUAGGUCGAUUCUGCGGGAGUGGCAAGAUCCACGAGCCCAUCGUCUCUACCGGAAGUCGGAUGCUGGUAACCUACGUGACGUCUAGCCGUCAGAGCGGGCACCGUGGCUUCACGGCGAGCUACGAGGCCGUUUGCGGCGGCGAGGUCGAGCUUGACGGCACCGGCCAUUUAGAGUCACCGAAUUACCCGGAAGAGUACCAAUCGAGCAAAGAGUGCAUCUGGAAGUUGUCCGUGCCGGAGAACUUCCAAGUGGCUCUAAAGUUUCAAUCCUUCGAGAUCGAGAAUCACGACAAUUGUGUGUACGACUACGUCGAGGUCCGCGACGGUCAUAACCCCGACUCUCCAUUGAUCGGGGUUUACUGCGGCUACAAAAUACCGCCGGACAUUAAAUCCACCGGGAACAAACUACUGGUGAAGUUUGUUAGCGACGUGUCCGUGCAGAAGGCCGGGUUUUCGGCCACGGUCAUGAAAGAAUUCGACGAAUGUGUUCUAAUUGAGCACGGGUGCGAACACGACUGCAUUAACACUUUGGGUGGCUUUGAGUGCGCUUGUAAACCAGGUUACGAGUUACAUUCCGAUGGAAAACACUGUGAAGAUGCUUGCGGCGGAGUCUUCGAAGACAGUAACGGAACCAUCACCAGCCCGUCAUUUCCGGUUACCUACCCCGAAAACAAGGAAUGCAUUUGGGAAAUCAUUGCUCCCCCCCAAUAUCGUAUCACUUUGAAUUUCACGCACUUCGACCUAGAAGGUAACAAAGCUCGACCUCAAGAAUGCGAAUACGACUCCGUCGAAGUGAGCAGUAAGCUUGGUGACGAUAUCCUGAGGAAGCAUGGGGUUUUCUGUGGCUCGAGGCUGCCGCCGUUAAUUACAUCCGUGGGAAACUUUAUGAGAGUGACUUUCACAUCUGACAACAGUAUUCAGAAAACAGGGUUUGCAGCUGUUUUCUUUACGGACAUGGACGAGUGUGCAAAUAAUAACGGUGGCUGUCAACACGAAUGCAGAAACACAAUAGGCUCUUAUCAAUGUUCGUGUCACAACGGCUUCACGCUUCAUGAAAACGGACACGACUGCAAGGAGGGUGGCUGUAAAUACGAAAUUGUUGCGCCAAUGGGCACCAUUACAUCGCCAAAUUAUCCAGAUCAUUAUCCAAGCCUGAAGGACUGCGUUUGGCAUUUUGUUACCAAACCUGGCCAUCGUAUUAAAUUAAUUUUCAAAGUCUUCGAAAUGGAGUCCCAUCAAGAAUGUGCUUACGAUCAUAUCGCUAUUUACGACGGAGACUCUCCAGACAGUCAUAUCCUUGGGAAAUUCUGCGGUACAAAAGAGCCUCAUCCAAUUCUAGCUACAGGAAAUCAAAUGUACAUGGUUUUCAAGAGCGAUGUUUCCGUGCAGAGGAAAGGUUUCCUUGCAACUCAUAGCACUGCCUGCGGUGGUCACCUUGUCGCAACGGAUGAAGUCAAGUAUUUGUACUCGCAUGCGAAGCACGGCUAUCAUAAUUACGACCACAGAACGGACUGUGAUUGGGCGAUCGAGGCACAGCCUGGAAAGAACGUUCACUUGACUUUCCGCAUGUUCCAACUUGAAUACGAGGCUGAGUGCAACUACGACUUCGUUGAAGUUUAUUCUGGGUUGGACACUUCCGGUCCUUUGUACGGGCGAUACUGUGGUAACAGCAACACCACGGAUUUCAUAUCGAUGAACGACGCGCUAUUGGUGAGAUUCCGAACGGACGACACGAUAUCAAACAAAGGGUUCGUAGCAAUGUUCGUAGCUGUCGACUGGCAAGACAGCGGCGAGAACUAUGGAGGCUCGGAGAACGAAGACGCCGACGAGGAGAACCUCUGAUCCCUGGCCGGCCUCGUUAAUCGACUCACCUACGACUUGUACAUCGAUUCAGUCUUGCAGAGUAUCGAUCUAAGUGAAAACGAAUAAAAACGUCGUUAUCCAAUCGUACGUCCAACGUUGAACGGAGUCGCAGCUCGCACACGAAUUCUGCUCGAUCGCCGAGGCCAUCAAGCUUGUUCUUCCGCGAAAAUAUCCAACGCGAAGCGAAUCUCGUAACCCGAUGAUCAUCCGUGUCCUGGCGUCGAUUCGCGGCUAACUAGAGAAUGAAUCGUGGAUAGUCCAACUUCUACGAAGAUAACUUAUUCUCAUCACCGAGGCGUUAGAUAACGGCUUUCCAUUUCGGAUUAGCGUGUAUGAUUUUUGACAUUCAGCCUGCCGGCGGCUCAAACGUGCCAUCAUACGUUUAAGUAGCAUUUGCACUACACAGUUGACAAUUAUAAGUUUGAAUUCCAUUGAAACAGCAUGCUCCGUUUGGAAGAAAGAAAGAAACGCGAAGAACGAACGAAAAGGAUAUCGCAAUGCGCCGAAGUGAUUGUCUACGUCCACAACGUUUACGGGAUUUGAAUGAAGUGCCGAGGAGAAGGCGCUUGACAAGUCGAUAGAAAAAGACAGUUCAGUUCCUUCGACGUUGUUCUCACAAACACUGCCCUGCGAACGUACCAAAAAGGAAAACGACUAUUCGACGAAGCCGCAGAGAUCACUUUCCUCCCGCUGCCUCUCGAUCCCCCGCCCUUCUUUCUUCUUUGACGAAAGUGCUUCGCCAUUCGUUGUACUUUUGAAGAAGUUUCGUCUUAAACGUAUGCUGACAAAUGGUUCUAAACUAUAAUGGUAACACGACGAAGGGAGACAAGGGUCUGACCACCCUCGGACGCGUUCCAAAAUGACAACUUGUGCAAAUAUUUGGGUAAUCUAGAUAUAAAAUUUAGUAAUAGAGCUGAUCGAUCCUACAAUCAGCGAUAGAAAUUUUAAAGGCGAGCCCCGAUCGAACUGUUCCGUACGCGUGUGCGUGCGCGUGCGCUCGGGGCUCCCGCGUCGACCGUUUAUUGUACAUAGAUAAAAUUUAGAUGUAGACGUCGUGCCGUUUUGUAUGUAGUCAUAGGAUCGACGACCGAUCAAAUAUUUCGCUAUUCGAGUGUUUUUUCCGACCGUUCUUGACUCUGUACUUUCAUCCGAUGAAACGUUGUAUCAGUAACGAUACGUACGGUGUUCCAGUUUAUUCAAUCGACACGAAUCCGUUAGUGAUAUCAAUGAAUGAAUUAUGAAAAUGAAAAUAUCCGUGGUUCUAUCGGAUAAAACGAAAACGUUUGAAAUGUUCUAUGUAGAUUUUAGAAGACGUGUAUUUAUUAGUUAAUUGAAUUAAAGAACGGUUUGUUACGUAUACACAGUGAAUUGGAUAAGAUCUACGAUCGAUCUGUUAUCAUUCUGUAACGGUAAAAUUGAUUAAAAGUAUACAUAGGAACGGUUUAUUGUUUCUCAAUUAGAAAUUUCUGAUUAACGAUCACGCGGUGUGAAUGUAAUCUACGUUCUCCGAGUAAUAUUUUUUAUCUCUUUAUAUGCAUGUGUAUAUCGUCCCGUUCUGAUCGCGUUUAUCGUGCCACGUACUUCUCAACACCUUUGAAAUUUCCUUUGGAACGUUCUUUUUAACAUAUCACGCUUUUAUUGUAUCAUAAUUGUGUAUAAUAUGUGUUAAACGAAUUAAGAGAGUAUUAUAAAAGAAUAAAGUAAGAAAUUUAGACGUAGAAAUAUGAAUACAACGCAAGAGGAAGUUACUAGUACUUGUAAUAUCGCUAAGAACUAUAAUCAUAUUCGUGUGGAUCGAUUAAAAUGGGAAACUAUAUCAAACAAGAUCAAAAGUAUCCAGUCAGGAAAGUUAAACAGAUAAUAGUGAUAAGUUUAACUGCUAACGAUUAACGAAGGAAACAUCGGCAUAUUAUACUCCGACAUUAAGACAGCCGAAGUAACUAAAGAUCACGGUAAUUUCAGCUAUACUUGUCCGUCUACCGAAAAUAUGAUUUCAACGUUUCAACUUUUCAAACAGCUCGCAACUGAACACUAAAGAAAUAUAUUUAUAAAGUGAGGUUGCGUUCAGCGGUAGCCGAUUCACGGAAACGAAAUCAAAUGACAUUUGAUGGCAAAUUCAUCGUUCCAAUGUAUGAUUCCAAAUAUAUCAUUCCGAAUUCAUCAAGAGACUCGUGUUUUGAACAAAAAUAAAAGAAGAAAGGGAAACGUUAUUCUUUAUAUAUUGUAUUUAAAAAUCGCGCGAUUGCGCGUAAAACCAUAUCAUGUAAAAAAAAGAAAACAAAACACCAGAACAACCGCGGAAAGAAGAUUAUCCGAGUUAAGACCUCGUUUCGAAAUUUCCACAACUUUUCUAUUCUUUCUACAUGAUGCGCUCUACCAUUGCGAAGAUUUUUAACAAUACUCUGCCAAAAAAUUGUUCUUUAUACUGGUGUAUCUUUUUCUUGUCUUUUUUACGUUGUAUUAUAUUGUAAGACGAAUACGGCCUACAUUGAUCAAAUGUUUUCAUCCCAACACGAGUGUAAACACAUGUUACAGUGGUUUUUCCUUGAUUUGUAAGUAUGCAUGUAUGUAUCUCAAGUACACGCAUAUAUUGUUGGUCCUUUAACAAAAAAAGAGUUCAUACGCCUAACAAAUACGUAUAAUAUCUUAUCUAUUUACAGAUGAUAAGAACAAUAUUAGGCGCCGCGUCAAGUUCCUUUUUGUAAAUUAUAUGUGAUUUAUUUGUUCUCAGAAAUACACGUUAUAGGCACUCUACAUAUUACUAAGCAACUACAUACUUUGUUUGCGUUU